GCUAGACUCAGGACAGAAGUGAGUAUUUGCGAGCAACAGUAUGGUUUCAUGCCUAGAAAGAGUACCACAGAUGAAUUAUUUGCCUUGAGGAUGUUGUUGGAAAAGUACAGAGAAGGUCAGAAGGAGCUACAUUGUGUCUUUGUAGAUCUAGAGAAAGCCUAAGACAGAGUACCCAGAGAGGAACUGUGGUACUGCAUGCGGAAGUCUGGAGUGGCAGAGAAGUAUGUUAGAAUAAUACAGGUACAUGUAUUACAUGUAUACAUGUACGUGGGCAGCAGAACAGCGGUGAGGUGUGCUGUAGGUGUGACAGAAGAAUUUAAGGUGGACGUGGGACUGCAUCAGGGAUCAGCCCUGAGCCCCUUCCAUUUUGCAGUGGUGAUGGAUAGGCUGACAGAUGAGGUUAGACUGGAAUCACCGUGGACCAUGAUGUUUGCAGAUGACAUUGUGAUCUGCAGUGAAAGCAGGGAGCAGCUUGAGGAACAGUUAGAAAAAUGGAGGCAUGCACUGGAAAGAAGAGGAAUGAAAAUUAGCCGAAGUAAGACAGAAUAUAUGUGCAUGAAUGAGAGCAGUGGUGUGGGAAGAGUGAUGCUACAGGGAGAAGAGAUAGCAAGGGUGGAGGACUUUAAAUACUUGGGGUCAACCGUCCGGAGCAAUGGUGAGUGUGGUCAGGAAGUGAAGAAACGGGUCCAAGCAGGUUGGAACGGGUGGAGGAAGGUGUCAGGUGUGUUAUGUGACAGAAGAGUUCUGCUAGGAUGAAGAGCAAAAUUUAUAAAACAGUGGUGAGGCCAGCCAUGAUGUACGGAUUAGAGACAGUGGCACUGAAGUGACAACAGGAAGGAGAGUUGGAGGUGGCGGAAAUUAAGAUGUUGAGGUUCGCUCUCGGACUGGCCAGGUUGGAUAAAAUUAGAAAUGAGCUCAUCAGAGGGACAGCCAAGGUUCGAUGUUUUGGAGACAAAGUUACAGAGAGCAGACUUCGAUGGUUUGGGCACGUCCAGAGGAGAAAUAGUGAGUAUAUUGGUAGAAGGAUGAUGAAGAUGGAGCUGCCAGGCUCGAGAGCUAGAGGAAGACCAAAGAGAAGGUUGAUGGAUGUCGUGAGGGAAGACAUGAUGGCAGUUGGUGUUCGAGAGGAGGAUGCAGGAGAUAGGCUUACAUGGAAAAGGAUGAAGCGCUGUGGCGACCCCUAACGGGACAAGCCGAGAGGAAAAGAAGAAGAAGGAGGAGGUUACGAACGCAAUUAAGUAGUCUGCGCAGCGGAGUAAGAAUACGUCGUCAUGCGGCACAAGGAGGCAGGCUCAGUUACUGCCGUCCUUAUUCUUUUUCAUUUGAUUGUUUUGUAUGUAUGGCCUAUUAGUGUUUCUUCAUACACUUACUUACUGUAAUUGUUACUUUACUACUGCGUAAACACAGGUUAUUACUAGAGUACAGCACUUUCCGACUUGCAUACAAAUUCAGGUUGCACUGCCGGCGUAGGAACAAAACUCUUGUUGUAAACCAAGGACGCCCAGUAAAUUAAAAGAUGCAUGUCCACCCUCACUUAACACAUAAUCCAGAUUGUGACUUCACUUGUGCCAUGCCCUGUUAUAUGUCAUUGUAUUUUCAAUGAUGUGCUAUUGAUAGGCAAUUUAAAUUUCUUUAUCAUUAUGUUUUUGUUGUUGUUGACAGUUAGAAAAUACCACUGGAAUGACCUACAGUAAAUGCUCGUGGCCUAUAAGUGAAUUUUUGCAUCAGAGACAGUGCUCUGACACCUGGCCUCCACAUAAUGCAUGUUUCAUUUGACUCUCCUUUUUCAUCAGUCACAAAUCAUUUUCAUUUUUUUCCAUUCCAUCAUAUCCUGCAGGUAUCAACAUCAUCAUCUGAGGCAAAUCUUUCCAAACCUAAAGAUAAAAAAGAUCCGGAUUUCGAGUGCUUUGCAACAAACAUACUUUUAAUACCUUGUAACACAAACGCACUCUGUGGAAAUAUAGAAUUACCCACUGCCGAUACUUUUUAUCAGAGUAAAACACAAUCUGAGAUCACGAUGAUUAGUGAAACUGGCCCACCACAAACUACAGACAAAGAAGUUCUAGUAUUCCCUGAACAAAGUGAAGGUGAAGGGUUCAGCUCAAUGACCAAAGACUCCGCUCAAGAAAGUGGUGAGGAGGAAAUGAUCACAUCAUCAAACCCCACACCAACUCCACCAGGUUCAGGGUCUUCACAACUGCAAUGCUUACUGUCAGAUCUAGAAGAGAUUAAAAUGACGCAAUAUGAAAAGUUUGGAUCAAAGAUCGUGUGUACACCUUUAUCGCGACCCAAUGACAAAAGCUCUGACGGUGAUAAGAUUCAUGAAUGCAAAGAACGUCAACUUGGGGAUAGAUGUUCCACAGAUAAUGUAAGUAUCAGCAUGCAGCGAGAAGAUACAAACCAGACAAAUGCCACAAUCACAUGGCCUGGACACCUUCAAACAUUUGACCAGGAUGUCACUGAAGAAGUCUCACUUGAUCCCACAACUACACAGUCAACCUUUGGUCGAGAACCUAAUAUCUCACCCACUGAAGACCUGUCAAGUGCAGAAUAUUCAAAAAGAGGUCAUGAUAUUUUGGAGCAGUCACUGAAUUUUACUUCAGAUGUCGCUAAACCAAUCUUCCUCGAAGUUUCUGAGGAGGUGCCAAGUAAUCUGUGUGAGGAAUAUUUUAAAAACGAUGUCGUUCAAGGUCAAGAGCAUGAACCAAAUUUGCUGUUUUAUGAAAGGGAAGACACAACAAGGAAGAGUCGCCGAGAUUUAUGCAAGGAAGUGUCAGACAUGCCGAGUCGAGAAACAGCUAUUUUUGAAAGACGGUUUAGCUUUGAGGAACUGAUACCGUGCUCCACUUCAGCGAAGGUUGAGGGGUCCUCACAUGAGAUUAGUCCGUUGGUGAGUGUACAUCAUCAGGAAACAACCACCUCUGGAACGCAAUCUGAUGAUUCCUCAAAUGAGGUUAAUACAAGAGCGAAUUUGCAACAUUUGGAAGAAUCCUUCACUCCAGUGGACAAUGAUGGACCUGAUUCCCAUCUUAGCUCAGUUAAAACCAACACAGCAAUGACUUUAUUCACCUCUGAUGAGGAGUACACCAUCUUACCUGCCUAUGCAGCAACUUCUUCUACCACAACCACCGUGACCCACAUGCGCCCGGCAUAUGAAGAUGUUGUCUGCAGUGGUGCACAUGGUUCAGCCUCUGAAUAUUCAUAUCCAGAGCCUUACUUUGACUGCAGGCAGGCUGCAUCAGAUUUCUCAGAGACUGAGCUUGAUGAACCAAAGUUCAGAUCUAGCUCAAAUAAAGGUCAUCUUGAGGAUUACCUCAGUCGCCCAGGAGAGAAAGAAACUGUGUAUAGACAGGUGUUGCUGUCUUCUGGAAGUGAAGAUUAUGAGGAUGCUUCUGUUCUUCACGAAGUUGUACCCAUCGAGAGUGAAGUUGUAUUAUUCCGUUCAGAGGCAUCUGCUGAAGAAUUCACCUUGUGUGAACUGCCCAGCUCUAAAAUGAGAGCAUAUGAUGACACACAUUCUCUGACAAGGGUAAGGCUAGAUUUAGUGGAGUGUCCUGGUCUUGCAAGCUUUGCUUAACCAAAUGUUAUAGUUACUUCAUAAAGGACUGACUGCUAAACCUCUGGCUACAUGGAUGCAAUCUUCAUAACCCUCAAUUUUAUUUGGGAUUUCUCAUUUAACCAGUCCUACCUCAGCAUGUAUCAUACUCACGUUAAACCAAAGCCACCGCUUUCAUAAUCACCUGUCAGAUCAUUUAGUAAACAUAUGCAUGUUAUUUUUGUUAUUUUUUAUGAAACUAACAGACUGUUAUGUUGUACUGUCCAGUGUAUGAAAUGAAAAAAAUCUCUGGAAAGGACACCAUACUACUUUGUUUCUUGCUUGCGUUGCUUCCCAAAAUGUAUUCAUUUGGAUAUGUUCUUUCAUUUAAUCGUAAUGGAUUUUGUUCUACUUGGUCAGGAGAUCAACGCAGAGAUUGGCUCAAUGUCUGAAAGUUCUGAUGAUGAAUUUUUGA